GUCAGAAUUCCUUUUCCCGUUCUCACUGUUCUGCAAUGGCGGCGCGGUUGUUGCUCAGGAGUGCGGCUGUUAAAGCCGCUGUUACUGAUGUGCACGGUAGUAAUGCAGGAGUUUCGUUCCUCAGACUUUCCCCGAGCUGCUCGUUGAGGCUGAAGACACAAAAAAGACAUGCGGCACACUUCACCUUUUACCCUGACCCCGUCCCAACGCAAUACGGCCCCACCACAAAGAUGAACCUGUUCCAGUCCAUAACAAGUGCUUUGGAUAACACUAUGGCCAGCGACCCCACAGCAGUGAUUUUCGGGGAAGACGUUGCCUUCGGUGGUGUGUUUCGAUGCACAGUUGGUCUGAGGGACAAAUAUGGCAAAGACCGGGUAUUUAACACUCCACUAUGUGAGCAGGGCAUUGUGGGAUUUGGCAUUGGAGUAGCUGUUGCAGGAGCCAAGGCCAUUGCAGAAAUUCAGUUUGCUGAUUACAUCUUUCCUGCUUUUGAUCAGAUUGUGAAUGAAGCUGCCAAGUACCGUUACCGUUCGGGGAACCAUUAUGACUGUGGGAACCUGACCAUCCGAGCACCGUCGGGCUGCGUGGGACAUGGCUCCCUUUACCACUCCCAGAGUCCCGAGGCCUUCUUUGCCCACUGUGCUGGUCUUAGGGUGGUUGUGCCACGAGGGCCAAUCCAAGCUAAAGGACUGCUCCUGUCCUGCAUUGCUGAUGAGAACCCCUGUAUCUUCUUCGAGCCCAAGAUCCUUUACAGAGCAGCAGUGGACCAAGUACCGACCGAUACAUACCUCCUCCCUCUCUCUCAGGCUGAGGUUGUGCAGGAGGGAAGUGACCUCACUAUGGUUGCCUGGGGAACGCAGGUUCAUGUAUUGAGGGAAGUUGCUGACAUGGCACAGGACAAGCUCGGUGUGUCUUGUGAGGUUAUUGACCUGCAGACAAUUUUGCCAUGGGACAAAGAGACAAUAUGCAAGUCGGUGGUGAAGACGGGGAGGCUGCUGAUCAGUCAUGAGGCUCCUGUGACUAGUGGCUUUGCUGCCGAGAUCACCACAACAGUUCAGGAGGAAUGUUUCCUAAACCUGGAGGCACCCAUCAGCAGGGUUUGUGGAUAUGAUACACCUUUCCCUCACACGCUUGAACCCUUCUAUAUCCCAGACAAAUGGAAAUGUUUUGAUGCUGUCAAACGAAUGAUCAACUACUAGAAUUAGACACGUCAACAUGAAACUCUUCCUAUUAUGCUUUCUCUCUCUAGAAUCUGGAAAUGAUGAACUCAUCACAGAUGUGGUUGCUACCCUUGUUGACUAACAGAUGAUAUCUAAGGAUGGAUGAUGAACAACCCCAAAAACUUCAGUGGUCAACUAUGUUGAACAAUAUUCAUGAACACUAAAAUGCAGAUAACUAGUGUGUGCUCUUUGGUGGUUGAAUGUUUUCCUUUUUGCUGUUACAUUAUGAUUACCUCUUUAAUCAGGUUGAUUUUUGGGUGUUAGGUUUCUGAAUAAAUUAAACACAUUAA